GCGGGAUGAGGCGAUGCGCGUGAGGCGGCGCGGGCUGCUCGGGGCCAGGAGAGAGGCUGCGGCGGCGGCGGCAGCAGCGAGGGGCUCCACACUCUUAGACCCAUCCCGCCUCUGCAAAGCAGACUACAUUUCAAAAUGCUUCAGUUUUUCUGGAUGGACCCCGUGAUCAAAUGUAAUAUGCAUGUACCCUUUUAAAAAGCUCUACAUUUCAUCAGAGAAUAUUUGCAGAAAUGAAAAUGAGGACAUUUCUGAAGAUCAUUUAAAAGUUUCCAAUCAUUUCUGUGAACUAAAGGAUAAUUUUUAAUAGAUUAAUCUUAAAGACUUAUUUUUUAAAAAGCAUUAGUAAUAACAGUAAUAAAAGGCUAUUACCUUACUUAAAAAAAUAACUUAAGACAUUUAUGGAAGGAAACAUUCAAUAUGCAUUUUCUGAAACUAAAAGAGAGAGACAAGAACAGAUAUAAAAGAAAACAAAUGAAGAUGCAUGGUAAAUAAGGACAUUAGAUUUUGCUGUGGCAAGGGAUGUUAAAUCCUUUCCUAGCACCUGGUUGUAUUCCCAAAGACAGCUUUUUUUUUUUAAUCAAGGUGCUGAUAUUUUGGGGGAAAGGACUAGUUACUAAUAUAGCUCUUAGCUGAAGAACUUGUGAUCAUUGGCAUGUGUGGCUUAAAAGGGAUAAUAAGCAAGAAACUUUUAAUUAAAUCAAAAAGUGAAAGAAUUCUUUUUAGUGCUAUAAUUUUUAAGACCCUCUUUAUCACAUUUAAAAUAAAUUGACAGCUAUUUCAAAGAUUUAAAGAAAGGCAGAUGUCCGCAAACAACUCACCUCCAUCGGCACAGAAGUCUCUCUCACCUGCAUCCCUCUCUGCUGUGCUUGCAACUCCUUCUCCAUGUUCAAGUCCCAAGACUGGACUUUCUGCCCGACUGUCCAAUGGAAGCUUCAGCACACCAUCGCUUACCAAUUCCAGGGGCUCAGUACAUGCAAUAUCAUUUCUGUUGCAAAUUGGUCUUACAAGGGAGAAUGUUACUCUUGAGGCCCAGGAAUUGUCCUUAUCUGCUGUAAAAGAUCUAGUCUGCUCAAUAGUUUAUCAAAAGUUCCCAGAAUGUGGCUUCUUUGGCAUGUAUGACAAAAUUCUUCUCUUUCGCCAUGACCUGAAUUCAGAAAAUAUUUUGCAGCUGAUUACCUCUGCAGAAGAGAUACACGAAGGAGAUCUUGUAGAAGUUGUUUUGUCAGCUUUGGCUACAGUAGAAGAUUUCCAGAUCCGUCCACACGCACUUUAUGUGCAUUCUUACAAAGCCCCUACUUUUUGUGACUAUUGUGGCGAGAUGCUGUGGGGAUUGGUGCGCCAAGGAUUAAAGUGUGAAGGCUGUGGACUAAACUACCAUAAACGAUGUGCCUUCAAGAUUCCAAAUAAUUGUAGUGGAGUAAGAAAGAGACGCUUGUCCAAUGUCUCUCUGCCAGGACCUGGCCUCUCUGUUCCGAGACCCAUACAAACAGAAUGUGCAGUGCCUCCCAAUGAAGAGGCACAUGUUCACCCAGAACCAAGUAAGAGAAUUCCCUCCUGGAGUGGACGCCCAAUCUGGAUGGAGAAGAUGGUCAUGUGUAGGGUGAGAGUUCCACAUACGUUUGCUGUGCAUUCUUAUACUCGCCCCACAAUAUGCCAGUACUGCAAGCGACUUCUCAAAGGCCUUUUUCGCCAGGGGAUGCAGUGUAAAGAUUGCAAAUUUAACUGUCAUAAGCGCUGCGCAUCAAAAGUACCUAGAGACUGUCUUGGGGAAGUAACAUUUAAUGGAGAACCUUCCAGUCUGGGAACAGAUAUGGAUAUGCCAAUGGACAUUGACAGUAGCGACAUGAACAGUGAUGGUGGUCGGGGUUUGGAUGACCCAGAAGAGCCAUCUCCCCCUGAAGACAAAAUGUUCUUCUUAGAUCCCUCUGAUCUUGAUGUAGAAAGAGAUGAAGAAGCUGUCAAAACCAUCAGUCCAUCGACGAGCAAUAAUAUUCCACUCAUGAGAGUUGUACAGUCAAUCAAGCACACAAAGAGGAAAAGCAGUACAAUGGUAAAAGAAGGGUGGAUGGUGCACUACACCAGCAGAGACAAUUUGAGAAAGAGACAUUACUGGAGGCUUGACAGCAAAUUCCUUACAUUAUUUCAAAAUGAAUCUGGAUCAAAGUAUUAUAAGGAAAUCCCACUUUCAGAAAUUCUCCGCGUGUCUCUGCCACAAGAUCUUUCUCACAUUUCUCAUGGCAGUAACCCACACUGUUUUGAGAUCAUCACUGAUACGAUGGUCUACUUUGUGGGUGAGAACAAUGGAGGCAGCUGUCACAGUCCAGUCCUGGCUGCCACGGGAGUGGGCCUAGAUGUAGCCCAGAGCUGGGAAAAGGCCAUUCGUCAGGCUCUCAUGCCAGUUACCCCUCAGGCCAGCAUUUGUACUUCUCCAGGACAAGGGAAAGAUCACAGCGAGUUGUCUGUGAGCAUCUCUGUCUCUAACUGCCAGGUCCAGGAGAAUGUGGAUAUCAGUUCUGUAUACCAGAUAUUUGCUGAUGAGGUCUUGGGUUCAGGACAGUUUGGUAUUGUGUAUGGAGGAAAACAUAGAAAGACUGGACGGGAUGUGGCUAUUAAAGUGAUUGAUAAGAUGAGAUUUCCCACAAAACAGGAAAGUCAGCUUCGUAAUGAAGUGGCCAUUCUGCAGAAUUUGCACCAUCCUGGGAUUGUAAAUCUGGAAUGUAUGUUUGAGACCCCAGAACGAGUCUUUGUUGUCAUGGAAAAGUUACACGGAGAUAUGCUAGAAAUGAUUCUUUCUAGUGAAAAAAGCCGGCUUCCUGAGCGAAUUACUAAAUUCAUGGUCACACAGAUACUUGUUGCGUUGAGGAACUUACAUUUUAAGAAUAUCGUGCACUGUGAUUUAAAACCAGAGAAUGUACUGCUAGCCUCAGCAGAGCCAUUCCCUCAGGUGAAGCUGUGUGACUUUGGUUUUGCACGCAUCAUAGGUGAAAAGUCCUUCAGGAGGUCCGUAGUGGGAACCCCAGCAUACCUAGCCCCUGAAGUUCUUAGGAGCAAAGGUUAUAAUCGUUCUCUGGAUAUGUGGUCAGUGGGCGUUAUUGUUUAUGUGAGCCUUAGCGGCACAUUUCCAUUUAAUGAAGAUGAAGAUAUAAAUGACCAAAUUCAGAAUGCUGCCUUUAUGUACCCACCAAAUCCAUGGAAAGAAAUUUCUGGGGAAGCAAUUGAUUUAAUAAACAACUUACUUCAGGUGAAGAUGAGGAAACGUUAUAGUGUUGACAAAUCUCUCAGUCACCCCUGGCUACAGGAUUAUCAAACUUGGCUUGACCUUAGAGAAUUUGAAACACGAAUUGGAGAGCGUUAUAUCACACAUGAAAGCGAUGAUGCACGCUGGGAAGUGCAUGCAAAUGAGCACAACCUUGUGUACCCAAAGCACUUCAUUAUGGCUCCCAAUCCUGAUGACAUGGAAGAAGAUCCCUAAGUCACCAACAUGCUCGUUUGAGUAUGGAAGAUUUCAAUUUAUGAACUGAUCUGCAUAAACAUUACUCUCAGUUAGAUUGUUGUCUGCAAGGGAUAUGAAGAAACAUGAUUGAUAUCCGUGACACAUAGGUACUGGAGAGGAAAAUUACAAGAGAAUGAAAGCAGAAUGAAGAAUCCUUGUGAGCUUUCUAGAAGUGUGUGUUAUCACACAUAGUCAUAAUUAUUUUUUGUAUUUUUCUAUACCUUCAGUUACUGUUGUUUUCUGGCAUUUAAAUCCAUCCUCCUUUUCCUGGUUUUUACAUUAUGGAAAACCAAGCUAGUAACAGAUUGUUUGCCUGAUCAAGUUACACACAAGUUGCAAAAUUUGGAUCUAGUUUAAAAGGCUGGCUAUUGGACAGGCUUGCAUUUAAGAGAUCAUUGAGAAACAAUGAGCAUAUGAUUUGUUAUUGACUCUAAACGUUUAUUUGACUGAUCCUUGUAGGAGUUGAUAUUUUCCCCUGUAUGUGUAAAAAAAGGGGUAAUGAUUCACUUUUCUUUGGAAAGUGAACCAAACUUAAAUCAGUGAUUCCCAACCUUUCUGGAGUUGUGAACACUGUAUGUGCUACAUGGCAGAUUGUUUUAAAUUAGUGGAUUAAUUUUGCUUUGAAAAUUUUGUAGUACCUCUUGAAAUAAUAGAAUUUACAUGGGUGUUACACAACCAAGAUUACCAAGCAUGGAGCUAAAUGCUGGGUUAGCAGUAUACUCUUAUAGCCUGGUGCUGGCUGCUAAAUACUCACAUUCUUAUUAACAUUUUAGUAUCCUCGUUGGGAGGCUGACUUUCAUUUAGCACAGGUCUGUUUAUCAGGUUACUGCCACACAAGUCUGACUAAAUUCAGAGGGACAAGUGUGUUAAAUAUUCAUUAAGGUUAUUGAUAGGUAAAUGUUUUAAGUAGCAUUUCAGGCUUUACCAGCUAUAGACAUCCAAACCCAUCUUUCUUUCCUAAGGUGGUCUCUGUAAUGUAGAGGUCUGACAGCUCUUUGGAGUUUUUUUGUUUUGUUUUAUUUUUGGGUUUUUUGGGGGGUUAAGUGACUUGCCCAGGGUCACACAGCUAGUAAGUGUUAAGUGUCUAAAGUGAGAUUUGAACUCAGGUCCUUCUGAAUGCAGGGCUGGUGCUUUAUCCACUGCACCACCUAGCUGCCCCUUCUUUGGAGUACAUCUUUAAAUGACUGAAAUGGCAAACACCUUCUAUUAGUUGUAAAGUCACAUUUUUUUGUCUGUUUUUUAAAGAUUCCAACCUUUAUUUAUUCACCCUUGUUCCAAAGUAGAACCUAGACCCGUGCCUCUAACCUAAGCCAGACUUACUACUAGGUCAAGACUACCAACAAGGCCUCAUCCCAGUAACCUUCUUGGGAUGAGGGCAGACACCUCAUAUCGAUAUGGGUGGCACCAGACUGACUUCCAACACACGUUCUGGAAGGGGAAAAUUUUCAGCUGACACAUCAACAUAUGUGCACAACUUUUUAGAGUUAGGGGAAUGGCUCGGGGUUCAACAGUUCCAGGCAGCCUGCUUGCAACAGAGGGAGCAUCUGGGGAGAAGGGAGAUAAUGGGGGAGAAGUGGAGGAGAAAGGAACAGCUUUCUUUUUAUUUUGCAACAACCAGAAAUCCAAAAUAGUCCCUGAAAGUCCCCUCCCUUAGCAACCUUUAAAGCAACAUGAAGAUAGCUCCCAGGACUGGCUGGGGCAGCAGGUGCCUCUGCCUUUGGAAGGCUGUCCUCCAUCACCGAUGUAUACAGCCAGAGAACUAGCUUCCCCUUCUCCCGUGGGGCCUUGUUCUCCUCAGAGGUGGCAGCAGGGCCAGUCUCUAGAGGGGUAGGGGAGGAGUCCAUUUCUUUAAUUUGAUUAAGUAUCUACCUGACCCUGAGGGUAGCCAGGGGUGUGCUAGAGCCUGUUCUGAUCCUAUUGUUAUGUUUUUAUUGUGAGCAUUUAUUUACACCUUGAAAAUUGGCAAAUGCGACAAAUGAGGGCUUUGGCUUGACUUAUUGUUUUAUUGAUUCUGACUUUUAAAAAGUGAUGAAGAAAUUUUUAAUAAUGUAAUGAAAUUUAAAAGUGUGCCAUGGAUACAGUGUCCCUUCCCCUCAAGAGCCAGUUAUUAAACAUUUUCCAGCACACCCUUGGGUAUAACCCACUUGUGGUAUUUCUUUGCCAAAUUUUUAAAUGUAAUUAACUAAUACAUAUGAAAUAGCAUCUUAGGAGGUCCUCAACAUUACCUGCCAGCCACUACUAUUGUAUAACUAUCACCAGAUGUCCUAGCAGGCUUGGACCAAUUAUUUGUAAUUGAAGCUAAUUAAUACAUUCAUGCAACUUAACCUCAUGAUUUUCUGAUCAUAGCCCCAUAGAUUUAGAGCUUGAAGACACCUCAGAGGUGGUCUGGUGUAAACUCCCAUUGCACAGGUGAGGAAACUGGAGCCAGAGAGGUAGUAAGUGAUCUGCCUCCCCUCCCAUAGGGAGCAUGUUAAGUGGUGAGCUGGCCUCUGACUCCAAAACCCAGUGUUUCCUCUGUUCCACCUUGUGCCCCUCUCUGUGGUCCCCACUGAGAGAGGGCUGCUAACAACUUAAAUGGCAAGACUGUAAGCUGCACAGGCGGAAGAAGACGCUCUUCAUUUCUCAUCUCAAGUGUAGCCCUACACUCCAGCCAGCCGACGAGAACCAGAACAACUGUUGUUCUGGCCAAAUGUACACUUGCUCUCUAUUCGUGUGGCUUCAAGCCUUUUGAAAGAGUUGCUAUCUGUAGCAUGCUCGAGUAAUUAAGAAAAUAAUACCAACUAUAGGAUCUCUAAUCACUCUGACUACUUUAUGGUAUUUAAAGUUCCACAGUAGCUACAGUGAAGAUUUCUUUUGAAUUCUGAAACACAAACUGUUGUGACAAGUCCAGUGGCAUUUAAGGGGACUGAGGAGUUUUCUGUGCAUUCACAGAACCAUAUAACUGGAAGGAAGCCUCAGAAAGCAUUGUUGUACCUUCCCCUCACUCCAGGCUGAAUAUGACCUUGAAAGAUUGUGGAUCCGUUCUGAAACAUCUCCCUCAGUAAUUUUAAAAAACGAUCCAUACUAACUUAGAGACAAAAUAAAUGUUUGCGCCCACUAAAUAAUGUUAUAUUUCCUUAAAUUCCUUCAAAGUUAGCCUGUUUCUGAAAAUAAAAAUUAUGGAUAAAUGAGCCAGAUUAUAAUAGCAGACACGUGGAAUGAAGCAGUUCUGGGCCACCAGGCCUAUUGCUUCAUACAAAUGAAAUGAAGAUUGGGGUCAGUGGCAGUGGACCACAUGAUAAUGUAUAAAAUAACUGGAAUGUUAUUACUUUGCUAAAAUUCUGUACUCAAACAUUGCAAGCCAUGAAAUUAAUUGCACUCUUUUCUUUUGUGUAAGUUUUAGGAACAUCAGUUUGUUGUUAAGUCACUGUCAAAUUGUGGAGUUGGCUAAAUGACUCCAAAUGCUGUAUAACCUGCAUAGAUAACCUUUUUAUCUUGAAUUCAAGUUGUAUUUGUAUGAGAAAUAUUACAGUGUUUGCUAGAAACAUUUGCUAUUGUAAAAUAGGAAGCCUACAACACUGUCCAGUCCUUUUUUUAUAUUUUUGUUACACCCUGUUUGUAAAUAUCUUCUUAAUACCUUGGAAAUAAACCAUAUUUCCCU